GUUUUCGUGUAGAUCGUGCGUUCAGUCAGUAUCUAUUGACGCUUCGUGAUGUUGUGUUUGAAAGUGUUGAUCGCAUUAGCGCUGACAUUUCCCGCUUACGGUGAAUACGAAGCUAAUUGGGGUUACCAUGGUGAGACAGGUCCUGAGUAUUGGGCAACACUGUAUCCAAAUUCGGAUUGUGACGGAAAGAAGCAGUCGCCGAUUGAAUUUUCAAUCGUAAAUACGGAGUACAGGAGUUUUGAUCCACUAGUUUUAACAAAUCUUGUACCAGUACACGAGGUGCGAAUGCAUUUAGAGAAUAAUGGACACACGUUAAUGGUACAUCUGAAUGGUUCGGAGGAGAUUGCAGGAGGUGGCCUAGAAAAUACAUACAUAGCCGAGCAAUUUCACUUCCAUUGGGGUAGCGACGAUUCCGUAGGUUCCGAGCACCUAAUUGAUGGUAGGCAGUAUCCGGCCGAGCUUCACAUCGUUCAUUAUGAUAGUGACAGGUUCAGAUCUAUUGGCGAAGCACUAACCCAACCAAAGGGUCUCGCUGUUUUAGGAUUCUUCUUCAAGAUUGAUGGAAAUAACGAGAAUGAAGCAUUCCAACCUCUUGUUGACUUGAUUGACAAAGUUCCUUUAGAAGGCAACUCGGUCGAAUUCCGUGCUCCGUUUAAGGUUAACUCGCUGUUACCCACAAAAUUAGAUGACUAUUUUCGUUACGAUGGUUCCCUCACCACGCCGGAUUGUUAUGAAAGCGUUGUGUGGACUGUCUUCAACGAACCAAUUAAAGUUUCACGAAAUCAAAUACAAGCGUUUCGUAAUGUGUAUGAGAAGAAUAAUUAUCAAGAUGGAUUAGAACCCGUGCUAUUGGUUGAUAAUCACCGACCAACGCAGCCAAUCAACGACCGAAUCGUCUACCGGAGCUUCCCAACGGCAGGUGCUCGUCAAACCGAAGCGUCAUCAAGGCAUUUAUGCUUCUGUUAGUGAUGAAUAUCAGGGUAUAUCAUUAUGACAACAGCAAAUAGUAUAGUUGUUUUCCAUGCAUUAGUUUGAAAUUAGAGCACCAAAAAGCAAUUAUUGAAAGAAAAAAAAUGCCCUUAAGUUCUUAUUAAGGCAAUUUGUGAAAACACUAAUUGCUCAGUGUAAUAUUCUUUAUACCAUGGAGCUGUAAAACAAAUCCCCGAUGGCUCAUACUAAGGCAAUUUGGGAAUACACUAAUUGCUCCUUAUAGCGUAAUCAUCUUUAUACCAUGGAGCUACAAAAGAAAUCCCGAGGGCUUCUAU